AUGAAACUGUUAUCCGAAGGACAAUUAAGACUAUGUGUUGUUCAGCUGCAUCUGACAUCAGGGCUGCUCAUAUUUUUUAUCCUGAAGUCCAUCUCAUCUUUAAAACCUGCCAGACUUCCCUUUUACCAAAGGAAACCUUUUAUAGCUGCUUGGAAUGCUCCAACAGAUCUGUGUUUGAUAAAAUACAAUUUAACACUGAGUUUGAAAAUCUUUCAGAUGAUUGGAAGCCCUCGGCUCAAAGAUGGGGAGCAAAAUGUUACUAUAUUUUAUGUCAACAAGUUGGGAUAUUACCCAUGGUAUACGUCAGAAGGGGUCCCCAUCAAUGGGGGUCUUCCCCAAAAUGCAAGCUUGCAAGCACAUCUCGAAAAGGCUGCCCAGGAUAUUAAUUUUUACAUCCCUGGCAAAAACUUCAGCGGACUUGCUGUUAUAGACUGGGAAUAUUGGCGCCCACAGUGGGCCCGGAACUGGGACUCAAAGGAUAUCUACAGACAAAAGUCAAGAACACUCAUUUCUGAUACGAAAAAGAACAUAUCCGCUGCGGAUAUUGAAUAUCUAGCCAAAGCAACUUUUGAGGAAAGUGCAAAAGCUUUCAUGGAGGAAACUAUCAAAUUGGGAAUCAGGAGCCGAUCCAAAGGCCUUUGGGGUUAUUAUUUAUAUCCUGAUUGCCACAAUUACAAUUUUGAUCCCACAAACUAUACUGGGUCAUGCCCCAAAGAGGAAGUUCUGAGGAACGACGAGCUCUCUUGGCUCUGGAACAGCAGUACUGCUCUGUACCCUGCCGUCAGUAUCAGGAAGUCCUUUAAAGACAGCGAACACACUUUGCACUUCUCACAGUUUAGGGUGUAUGAAUCGCUGAGGACCUCCACCAUGACAUCACGUGAUUAUGCCCUGCCUGUAUUCAUCUACACACGGCUGGGCUACAGAGAGGAACCUUUACUCUUUCUCUCUAAGCAAGAUCUAAUUAGUACCAUAGGAGAAAGUGCUGCAUUGGGAGCUGCAGGUAUUGUUGUUUGGGGAGACAUGAAUUUAACUUCAUCUGAGGAGAACUGUAUAAAGGUGAACCGCUUCGUGAAUUCUGAUUUUGGGAACUACAUAAUCAAUGUUUCCACAGCAGCUGAGGUGUGCAGCCAGCACCUUUGCAAGAAUAAUGGACGGUGCAUACGGAAGACAUGGAAAGCGCCUCAUUACCUCCAUUUGAACCCUGCAAGUUACCACAUAGAGGCCUCUGAGGAUGGAGCAUUCAUAGUGAAGGGAAAAGCAUCAGAGGCAGACCUGGCUGUGAUGGCAGAGAAUUUUCUAUGCCACUGUUACCAGGGAUAUGAAGGGGCUGAUUGUAGAAAAAUGAAAGAAGCCGAUGGCUGCUCCGGGAUUUCCCUUUUCUCUAGCUCAGUAAUAACACUGUGUCUGCUAGUUCUAGCAGGUUACCAAAGCGUUCAGUUGUGACAUAAUUGAGUUUAAAGGGAAUUGUGUCCUCUUAAGUAGAGUGUUAGGGAACAGAUGGAUCUCACAAUUCUUUCUCUCAUGAGCUCCUCUGAGAGGUAUUGUAAGUCAACAUAUGCGUCACAACAUAAAUAGGAACCUAUUACUUUAUUUGCUACACUUUGGUUAGAAACCAGAUCCAAGAGAGCAAAGUAAUGCACAUUAUUUUCUUACUUGAAUACUUAAAUUGUAUUUAAAUCAAAUUUUAUUCUUUUUCUAAUUGUAUCCACAUAUUGAGGCAAAUGAAUAUUAAGCUUAUUGAUUUCACGGACAUUUUCGAGGUAGCAAUUUAUUUAAGGAUAGACUACUAAGUAGUCAUGUGGCUCAACAGAUGGGGUCACUCAGUCAUGACCUGGUCAAGUAGGUCAUCAGAGAGGAUAAAAUGCAGGGUUUUUGUGCCAGCCCCAGCUACACCUGUACCCAUUUCCCUGCUAAACUCACAGAGGGCAGUGCCAACCAGUUUCACUGUGUUUGCUUCCCUGCUGAACUCACAGAAGACCAGUGUGUCUACUUAGGAGAAUCCAGGGAGCUGCUCCCAACUCAUCACAAAUGUCUCUCUCAACCAUCAACUUAUUCCUUCACAGACCCUACCAGUCUUCAUACCGUAAUAAGAUCUCCAGGCUGAGAGUGUGGGAGAUUCAAAACCUGGAGUCAUGCUGAUAAAAUACAGCUGGUGACUUUUGGAAAUGAAAUGAAAUUGUUUUUAGUGAAAGAGAUUUAACAAAUGAGCCUUAGGAUUUGCUGUUGAAAAGAAAGUCUACAAGAAAUAUUAGCUAUUUCUGUCUUCCCUUGCUCCCCAUAAGAAUUUUGGAUUUAGAAUCACUUUAAACUUGAUUUGAAUUGUUUUUGCUACCUGUGUGGUGCUAUAAAUCUUAGCAACUUCUUUAUAUUCUCCGUUAUCAUCUGAAGUUUGGUCAUACAAUUUUUACCUCUGCAAAUUAUUCUGGGAUUAAAUACAGCAACCUACUUUGCACUCCUGGGUUCUUAGUGCACAUAACUGUCUAGGAUAAUCUCAUGAUCACCAGAAGAACAGAAAAGGUAAAGAUAAAAUAGUCAAGCUACCUCCUUCUGUAGGCAGAGAUCACUUAUAAUCACUUGUGCAGUGGUGUGGUCUUGGGAGACACUCUCAGGGGAUAGACUUUCUUACCAUAAUGAUAAUUUAAUAGGAAGAGUAACUCAAAAAAGACAUAGAUAAAGAAGGAAAGUUGAUGCCUUCUCUCUUAACUCAUUUCAGUCCAUAGCUGGGUAGUGGUGGUGCAUGUCUUUAAUCCCACUCCUGGGGAUGGGGGCAGAGGCAGGAGGAUCUCUGUGAGUUUGAGGCCAGUAUGAUCUUAUAGAUCUAGUACCAGAACAGCUAGGGCUACACAGGGAAACCCAGUCUCAAAAAACCAAAACAAACAGUUCAACUCAGGAUCCCUGCUUGUCAGAGGUGAUUGCAUUGUGAAAGUUUAAUUCUGAAAUGUCCGAUACAAACAAAUAAACAAAAUUCACAUUAGCUGUGAA